UCGAAAAUGGUGCAUUUGCGAUCGCUUAUUCUUCUCCUUACAAUCACACUAUGGCCCUUCUCCGGACUAUGCCAGUUUUGUGACUCUGGGCUUGGAUAUUGCAAUUCGGAGAGUGCCUUACCAUCAAAGAUAUUGAUAAAGGGCGGCACAGUUGUAAAUGCUGAUCAUCAGGAGGUUGCUGAUGUUUAUGUGGAGGAUGGAAUUAUUGUUGCUGUCAGGCCUAAUAUUAAGGUUGCUGAUGGCGUCAGAGUUCUUGAUGCUAAGGGAAAGUUUGUUAUGCCAGGAGGAAUUGAUCCUCACACACACUUGGCUAUGGAGUUCAUGGGUACCGAGACGAUUGACAAUUUUUUCAGUGGUCAAGCGGCUGCAUUAGCGGGUGGGACAACAAUGCAUAUUGAUUUUGUUAUUCCUGUAAAUGGGAGCUUAUCCAAAGGUUUUGAAGCGUAUGUUGAAAAAUCAAAGUUGUCUUGCAUGGAUUAUGGUUUUCACAUGGCAAUCACAAAGUGGGAUGAUAUUGUUCCCAAGGAGAUGGAAAUUAUGGUUAAUGAGAAAGGUAUCAACUCUUUUAAGUUUUUCCUGGCUUAUAAGGGUUCUCUUAUGAUCAGUGAUGAGCUGCUGUUGGAGGGCCUAAAAAAGUGCAAGUCUCUUGGUGCCUUGGCUAUGGUUCAUGCAGAAAAUGGAGAUGCUGUUUUUGAAGGACAGAGAAGAAUGAUUGAACUUGGUAUAACUGGUCCAGAAGGACAUGCUCUAUCAAGGCCUCCAGUGCUGGAAGGAGAGGCUACAGCUCGAGCAAUUCGUUUGGCCGCUUUUGUGAAUACACCGUUGUACGUUGUUCAUGUCAUGAGCUCUGAUGCAAUGGAAGAAAUAGCACGGGCUCAAAAAUCAGGGCAAAAAGUUAUUGGAGAGCCUGUGGUUUCUGGAUUAAUUCUUGAUGAUUCUGUCCUCUGGGAUCCUGAUUUCGUAACAGCAGCAAAGUUUGUCAUGAGCCCUCCAAUAAGAGCAUUAGGGCAUGGGAAAGCACUUCAAGCAGCAUUAUCUACUGGAGUUCUAAAGCUUGUAGGAACAGAUCACUGCACUUUCAAUUCUACACAGAAAUCUCUUGGAAUUGAUGAUUUUCGCAAAAUACCAAAUGGUGUCAAUGGUCUUGAGGAAAGGAUGCAUCUUGUUUGGGACACAAUGGUGGAAUCUGGCCAAAUAUCUGCAACUGACUAUGUCCGUGUAACAAGUACAGAAUGUGCCAAGUUAUUUAAUAUAUAUCCGAGAAAAGGGGCUAUACUUGCUGGAUCAGAUGCGGAUAUAAUCAUAUUCAAUCCAAAUUCAACCUUUCAGAUUAGUGCCCAUUCUCAUCAUUCUAGAUCAGAUACAAAUGUCUAUGAGGGAAGAUCAGGGAAGGGGAAGGUUGAGGUAACAAUUGCUGGGGGAAGGAUUGUAUGGGAAAAUGAAGAACUGAAAGUAGUUCCUGGAUCUGGCAGGUACAUAUCAAUGCCUCCUUUCAAUUAUCUUUAUCAUGGUAUUAAUAAAGCAGAUGCAAACUACCUUACCUCCCUUAAAGCUCCCGUAAAUCGCAUAUGAUGCAUCCUUUGAGGUCGAACCGACUACCGUUACUGAUAAUAUAUAUGAAUACGAAACCAUUCAAAACUACACUAGAAUUGCAAACAUCUCACUGUGAAUAGAAUAAUGUUGGUGUCAUUUCUGUAAGAUAGUUUUUAUAUCUUGGAAACCCUAUGAUUGACCUCAAACAUAAAAUGUAUACAUUUUAUAUUUUGUCUUAUGUAAUCUUGCACCAUACAUUAUGUAGUUUGCUUUUGAAUGUUGAAAGAUCCCAUUUAUAUGUA